UUAAACGCAGAUAUUUUAUUAUGCUCCUGAAGACAGAUGGUUGGGCUGGACGCAGGGAACGGUACGAACAAAUUAUACGCCGCGUAUACUUCAGUGGAGCAGUGUCACGCCCGUCGACCUGUUAUUAUAAAACUAUCAUGAUGCUCUGCUCCGUCACACUGCUUGCCUUGACACUAGCGCACAGAGCGACGGCCGCGAUGAAGUCGGAGGCCGAACUUUUGGAAAAGAAUGGCUGGAAGGAAAUGGAUGCCAAGGGGAAUCCUUUGUAUAAAACACUGGCUGAGAAAGCUGCUUUGAACUUUACCAAACAUAUAGAUUUUUACCAGGUGUUGAACGAGGUGACAUCCGUGAACAAAAAGGCUAUGAAGCACAGAAUUGAGUUUACUUACUCGCCUACACCAUGCAGCGUUAAAGAAGCGUUUGAUGCCGCAAAAUGCAAACCAGUCACACCCAAGGCUUCCGGCGAAUGCACUUCAAUGUUCACAGCGAAGGACAACAAACCAGAAAAUGCUGUGCUCGAUUGGGUGCACUGCAAUGAUUUCAUGGCGCCAAAGCGCCGUCGCUAUCCUGACAACUGAGAAAAUUGAACAUUCCUAGGUAGUGCAUUCAACGGCUAUGCGCAAAGCCCACAUAAGCAGUGUCUCGCGCCUUGAAAGUGCGGUAAACAUGACGUAUUCGUUUUCUUUUUCAGGAUAGUAUGAGCAUGUUAGGCAAAUAAAUACUAGCGAAAUCACUGUGUAAUGUCGUCAAAUUUGGAUCACAACCAAAUCACCUAAUUGCAGUAAAAAAAGUAUUUAGUGUUUGACGGUCAGAGACCAAUUGUGAGAACGCGGUAACCAGAAUAAAUCGCAUUUGCACUAUACAUGUUUGAAUUGUGA